AUGUCCUACCUUCGACGUUUGGUCAAGGCCUUUUUUGUUGGCAUCGCAGGGAUUGGCCCAUUUGUGAUUCUCACUUGUUACAUUUACUUUGUUCUUGGUUAUGAUGAAGACCAUCCUUGGCUGUCACUGAUGCUGACUGUACGUAAUUCUAUUUAUAUUUAUACAUGUCUGGUUAUUUUAGAUCAUGUUCAACAUCGCGAAUAUUUAUUGCUGGUAUUCGACGGUAAUUAUGUUUCAAGAAUUUCCGCAACUGCGGAACGCGGUCUACAAGGAUUUCCCGCUGUUGAGGUGUGCUGAGCCAGCAAAGAUCAUCGGCCAAGACCAAAGCAAUAUUCUUUAUUAUGAAAUUCUGAAAGCAACAUGGAGGCACCCAAACGACUCGCGGCGGUAAUGAGCAGUAUUUUUUGGCGAUACCACUUUUCGGACAAGCGGGAGUUCAGGUCAACGAUAUUAUGGCUCGCGUUGGUUCGUCGUUGUCAUAUGGGAGGCUAAGAGAAGGCUUAGUUAGUAGAAAUAAUAAGAUUUAUGGGUUGUAGGAUAGCUUAUCACCUAUCUUGAAAUAAAUAUUUUACAUGCUUUCGCGCCAAUAAUAUCUAUGUAAAUAAAAGUUACGGAUCUUAGUUUUUUGCCGCAAGCUUUGGUAUUUUAUAUUCAUGUUAAUAUAUCUUACAAUAACCCAGGAUAAAGAAAGCAGACGUUAUCAAUAACUAAAAUUAUAAAAAGUGCAUAUAAUGCGAGACUUCACCAGAUCUCUGCCGAGCCUUCGCCGAGCGUCCGCCGACCAUGCAUCCGGAAUUCUCAGGAUUUGUAGGCGCUUCCAACAACCUUUCUUCGGGCAUCCACCCGAAGAAUGCCCUAUGCCCCGCAAUCGAUUUUGUGUCGGGAAAAAUCACAAUCCUUGCAACCCGAUCCCCUGUUCGAUGACGUAAAUUCAAGAAAACAUAUAGUUUUCUGUUACUAAUUGGAUGUGGUAUCAUUUUUUCUGCACGUUUUGUAUACAAAAUGUAGGACGAAAUUAGUGUGGGAUUCAUGGCAAGAGCCCUUAAAGAGGAAGAAAAUAUUUCAAGACGGUUGUUCAGCAUAGUAUAACUUAAGGCCGUCUGUGAUGACAAACAGAUAAAUUAUUUUUGUAUUCUCUCAUCUUUACUUCAACAUGGUUAAGAUAUUUUGGGCUUUCGUAAAACUUAUUUCGAUUGGGAAAAUUGUCGUUUUUAGCUCUAUUUUUACGCGCGACUCUAACGAAACUUCUUUAGCCUUUAUACAUACAGUUAUAUUUCAGAAUCACAUGUUCGACUGGCCUGUCCAUGAGAUAAGUUGUACAUUCUUCGUUAUUGAAUUCCUAUUGGCGAUUCCAAACUUAACAUUGAAUAUUUAUUUUGCCGUCAAAUUGCAUCGACUAGCUACGAUAAAUCCGAAUUUGAAAUUUAUUUUGGUGAGUUUUCUUUUUUUAGUGACAAAAAAUUGUAAAUUUUUUAUCUAAAUUUGUAUGAAGUCUCAUCAAGAUAUGACGCUUCGGAAUCCUUCUGUCAUUUUGCAAUUUUCAAUUUUAUGAUUUUGCAGGUAACCGAAGCCCUUUCCUUUUGCUACACAGCUGUAAUUCACGCUUUCACAAAUUUCGUCCCGCUAAGUGCGUUGAAAUACGACGACGACAAUAGAGCCUUCGUCAUAAUUUUGUACUCAAUAGUGUUCACUACACAGAUUACAAAUUUCUACUUUGAUGUGAAGUUUAUGUUGAUUGGAAUAGAGAGAACUAUUGCUUUUAAACGGAAGGCCACGUAUGAGACGGAAGGCAGUCAUGUUGGGAAAGAAAUCGCAGCAGUUGCAUUGGCUAUGGCCUUCGUUAUCUCCGUUGUACGAUGCGACGUUGUUUGGAGGCUUAAUUCGACAGUUGAAUUCGAUGCGAGGUUGAGAAAAGUGAUGAUGUGGGACAAAUACUUCCCUGGGGUCCUGUUUGCCUUCUCGAUGGCGACGUGUGCUAUGUUUCAAGGAGUUUUUGUAAGCUUUUCGUAAUAGCUGAGGGAAUUGUUUGUUAUUAAUCAGUAUACAUAGAGUUAUAAGAAAUAUUUUACAAAGUUUUUGCGAAUAUCACGUGCUAUUAAUUCGAAAGGCCAGGAUCCCAAAAUAGCCUCCACCGAUAAAAAAGGUCUCCGUCGAGCCUUCGCCAACGUCUCAAACACCCGUCAAGAAACCGAGACGAGCAGACUACAUCUUCGAAGUUGAGACAAAUUCAAUUUUAUCAGUUGUAAAGGAGUUUGGGCUUUGUAAUAAGAUGUCAUUUUUAAAAUAGAGCUCAAAUGUCGCCGUCGAAAAAUGGGCGCUACGACAUUUCGGGUCAGGGACAACUCGGGUCGCGACAACUCGGGUCAACGACAACUCGGGUCAACGACACUUCGGGUCAACGACACCUCGCACUGCAGGAUGAGCCAAGUCUUUCUCCUUGGAUGGUCAACUCUUCCUCUCAAAAUUCUUUUUUGUCAAGAAUAAUAUAAAUUUCUAAAUAUGCAAUGAUUUUUUGCAUUACAUAAGUUUAUCCUUGCACAUUUAGCCAUUGUUGCAGGUAUACAAAUUUAGCUGAAUGCUGUUCGUUCUUGCGAUUCCAUGAACGAAAUUUGAAAGUCUUCCCCACAAAAGAACCGGCGUCGAGCCUUCUACGUGCCAGAAUUGUGUCAGCAUGAAAGGACUUACAGUUUUUUUGUUGAUUCGAUUUUAGAUAUUACACUAGGUACUUUUGUCAAAUUGCAGGCAAAAUCUAACGUUUUUGAAGUUUAAAGCCGGGAAUCUACAAAGGUGAGCCAUUACUAAACCGUCCCCAACAUAAAUAUUCUUUCAAACCCGGGUUUGAGACGUUUUAGGGUCUAAGUGAUCAAGUACAACGUGGAUCUAAAAAAGUCUCAAAUACCUCUCAUACUGUUCUAAACAUGUUUUAGAUCGACUAGGGACCAUUGAAAUAUGGUUUGCGAAGUAUUAAUACGCAUCUAUGGCCGCGGAUACAUCAAAGUUGUUCCAUACCUAAAAUCUGAAGAAAAUUCAAAAACGACAAUAAAAGGGGGGACAUCCCUGUUACAACGUUAAGAAUGGUAAAAGAAAGUUUUGUUGUCCAUUUAGACCAUAUAUGACGUAAAAUGUGACCUAAUCUCGCCUUAAACUUACGAAAGUACCUAGUGUAAUAUCUAAAAUCGAAUCAACAAAAAAACUGUAAGUCCUUUCAUGCUGACACAAUUCUGGCACGUAGAAGGCUCGACGCCGGUUCUUUUGUGGGGAAGACUUUCAAAUUUCGUUCAUGGAAUCGCAAGAACGAACAGCAUUCAGCUAAAUUUGUAUACCUGCAACAAUGGCUAAAUGUGCAAGGAUAAACUUAUGUAAUGCAAAAAAUCAUUGCAUAUUUAGAAAGAGGGUUAAUUUAACUUACUUUUAGAGUUAUUGUCCUGUCGAUGUAUGUAGAUUAAAACAUAAAGAAAUUUAUAUUAUUCUUGACAAAAAAGAAUUUUGAGAGGAAGAGUUGACCACCCAAGGAGAAAGACUUGGCUCAUCCUGCAGUGCCUCGGGUCAACGACAUUUCGGGUCAACGAUACCGUUUAAUAUUUUCGCUUCGGGACUUGGAAAAAAGAAUUUUUUGGUGAAUUUAAAAAAUUUUUCAAAUGUUUUCGCUUCGGGACUUGGAAAAAAAGGAUUUUUUGUGAAAUUUGAAUAAAAUUUGAAAUGUUUUCGCUUCGGGAGUUGAAAAAAAGGAUUCUUUGUGAAAUUUGAAAAAAUUUUGAAAUGUUUUCGCUUCGGGACUUUUAACAAAAGGAUUUUUUGUGAAAAUUGAAAAAAAUUUGAAAGGUUUUCGAGCUGACUGAGUAUGAACUGACUGAAUAUGAAAACUGGGUUUCUGUUACCUUACUGCCUUUAGGGAUUCUUUUUGAAAAUUUUUCGACUUAUAACACUUUUAGACGUUAAUGGUGUUGUUUUGGUGCCUAGUACUGCUUAAAAACACAUUUUUAACACUUGGUACUAAAUAGUACUACCUGGUACUAUUUAGUACGAGGUGCAAAUUUGGCCGUAAGGCGGUAAUGGUGUUGGUUUGGUGCUUAGUAGAACCCAAAAACACGUUUUAACACUUGGCACUAUAUAGUACCAACUGGUACUGUUUUGUGAGAAGUGAAAACUUGGCCAUGAGGCAGUAAUGGUGAUGGUUUGGUGCUUAGUAGAGCCCAAAAACACGUGGUACUAUAUAGUACCAGGUGGCACCAUUGGUUUUAGACAAAAUUUUAGUGCUGCCGGCACCACAGUUAAUAUUCAGUCAGACACCCUUUUUUCUACUUCCGAUGCGAAAACAUUUCAAAAUUUUGUUGAAUUUUCCAAAAAAUCUUUUUUUCCCAGUCUCAAAGCGAAAACACUUCAAAUUUUUUUCAAAUUUCACAAUAAAUCCUUUUUUUCCAACUCCCGAAGCGAAAACAUUUGAAAAUUUUUUCAAAUUUCACAAAAAGUCCUUUUUUUCCGAGUCCCGAAGCGAAAACAUUUCAAAGAAAAAUUUUUUUCAGGUAACCUAUCCUCGGGGUAACCUAUCCUCCGAGAACGCAAGUCCCGAAGCGAAAACAUUUCAAAAAUUUCUCAAAUUCACCAAAAAAUUGUUUUUUCACAGUCCCGAAGCGAAAAUAUGAAACGGUAUCGUUGACCCGAAAUGUCGUUGACCCGAAGUGUCGUUGACCCGAGUUGUCGUUGACCCGAGUUGUCGUCGACCCGAGUUGUCGCGACCCGAGUUGUCCCUGACCCGAAAUGUCGGGACGCGGAAAAAUGGUCUCUCCGCGGACUCAAGAAAAAAUUCUUUUUGAUAUUCUAAAAAGUUCCGACUUACUUGUUAGAAUUUCAAAGGCGUGUUAUACUUCUAGGAUAGCGGCGAAGAACACAAAGAUAUUUUUCUCACUGUUUGAAACACACUGUAAAUACAAAGCGUAAUCAUUUAUUUGUUUCUUUGCUUGAAAUUUUAUUUUUAGGCGUUCCGCUGUCUCUCCAAAAAUUUGCGAAAACUUGAGUCUAGUUCCCUCUCCGAAAGCUAUGAGACACGUCAAAUUGUCGCGACCAUGGCGUGGCUUCGCCGCUUGGCCAGAGUCUUUGUGAUCAUCACUGUUGGCAAUUUCCCGUUCAUGGGCUUCACCUGUUACCUUUAUUUCGUUCUCGGUUAUGAUGAGGACCAUCCUUGGAUGUUGAUGAUGGUAACGGUGAGUUGUCGUCAGUCUGCAGUUACAUACAAAUUUUUUUCCAGGUAAUGUUCAACAUGGGAAAUAUUUAUGUUUGCUUAACAACGAUUUUCAUGUUUCAAGAUUUUCCACAGCUGCGCAGUGCUGUUUACAAAGACUUUCCAUUCCUGAAAUGGGCCGAGCCAGCGAAGAUCAUAAGCCAAGGCGAAUGCAAUGCAAUGUAUUUUGAAGUCCUCAGAACGACGUGGAGGCAUCCAAGGGAUUAG